CACAUUCUUCUCUACUCUUCUUCAUCUUCUUUCAUCUCUAUAAAUCAUCAAUUCAAUCAUCUGCGCCACAAAGUCGUUCAAUAAUGCCGGAUGCCGUCAUGAUCACUAAGAAGCUCGGCUUCGACGAGACUGAGUUGCGCCUCGGUUUGCCCGGCGCCGGAGACAAGAAGCGAGGGUUUGACGAAACCGUCGAUUUGAAGCUCAAUCUCGACGUUCCUUCAGAUCACACUGAUUUUCAGGGGAACAAUGUCAACAAUACGGAUUCUCCUAAGCCUCCUGCCAAGGCACAGGUGGUGGGGUGGCCGCCGGUGCGGUCCUACCAGAAAAAUGUGAUGUCGGUUCAGAAGAGGAGCGAUGCGGAGGAGAGCGGCGGCGGCGCCUUGGUGAAGGUGAGCAUGGAUGGAGCGCCGUACCUGAGGAAAGUAGACUUGAAGAUGUACAAGACUUACCAAGAGCUCUCUGAUGCAUUGGGCAGAAUGUUCAGUUCCUUCACUAUUGGUAAAUGUGAGACGCAAGGAAUGUUGGACUUUAUGAAUGAGGGGAAGCUGAUGGACCUUCUGAAUAGCUGUGAUUACGUGCCUACUUACGAGGACAAGGACGGGGAUUGGAUGCUAGUCGGAGACGUGCCAUGGGAGAUGUUUGUUGGAUCUUGCAAGCGGCUGCGCGUAAUGAAGGGCGCUGAGGCGAAGGGGCUCGCGCCGAGGGCAAUGGAGAAAUGCAAGGGCAGAAUGUGAGGCAGUGUUCAAAUUAAAACCACAAACUGCUGGAGAUGGAUGCUGGAUUGUGUGUGUCUCUACUGUUUUUAUGUGUUAGUAUUAAUUUCAAAUGUCAACAAGCUCGCUUUCUAUUUUUUACUCUUUUUUUCGAUUGGAUACUCUUUGACUUGUAUAUUCAACUAUUUUGAAUGUGUGCUUCCUUCGCUCUUCUAAA